AUGGCCGACACAUCAUAUACCACAGCAUCGCCAACCGCGGAUCCAUCGGCGACGACGACGACUUCUGGCGAGUCUCAAUCGCAGCGCAGGCGCAAAUCUUACAUGCAAGGUCUCCUUCUCCUCCUUAUCGUCGUCUUUCUAUGGACGGCUUCCAACUUCCUCACCAACGCGCUAUUGACCACGGGUGGAUACGAUAAGCCAUUCUUCGUCACCUAUGCCAACACCUCGUCCUUCGCACUAUACCUUCUGCCUUAUCUUGUCAGCAGCAGGCUGAGAAAGAGGUGGAGUAAAGCUGCCCAAGUCAAGCAGUAUUCUAGGCUGCCACAGGAAGAUGUCGAGGGAGCAGUAAACCGAGACCAAGCAAUCGAGCAUGACAAGAAAGCAAUUCCUCGCUGGCUCAACACUCUGGGUUUUGACGUACCAACAGUCACGCAUCAAGUCGAGGUAGCAGGUCAGGCAAGGAUGAUUGAUCAACCAGCUAUCACACCUUUUGCCCUCAUGGCCGAAGAGCAGCAGCAACAGCGUGGAAGAGGUGGCAAGAAGCCUUGCCAAUCCAAUCUCAAGCAGAAGCCAAUCCCUCUCACGCCUUCCUUCUGCAAUGCACAACAACAGCAGCACACAGAUUCUUCAACAGCGUCUACACCUUUGCUUGCGCCAACACCACCCGUCUCCCGGCCCAGGUCGCCAGUCCCUCCUUUCCUCGUUUCAACUUCGGUACCACGUCCAUCAUCUAUCGACGGCAGACGGCCUCGCACCUCCAUCAGUAUUGUCCGCUCACCAACAGAUUUUCCUCUCUCUUGUUCCGCCCCGAUCAUUCCCUUACCACUUCCACCAUUGACGCUCAGGGAGACAGCCGUGCUGGCAUCGCAAUUCACGCUUGUCUGGUUCGGUGCCAACUGGGCCAUCAAUGCAGGUCUGGGGUUGACAUCGGUUGCGAGCGGAACGACGAUCGGCUCGGCAAGUGGUUUCUUCACCCUUGCUCUUGGAGCAGUGCUUGGAGUCGACAGAUUCACUUUGCCGCGUUUGGCAGCGGUUUGCAUCUCCGCACUCGGCGUAGCUGCAGUCACUUUGGCUGAUCGAGACACCGCUACAUCCACCACCAUCACCCCCACUGCCGAAUUUGUCCUCGAUGGCCUGUGGAAGCGUUGCACUGCUCUCGCAUCUCGCAGCAGCCCCUCGGUGGGUCUUAUGGCUAGCAAAGCGCCCAACGCACCACUCGGAGACAUGCUUGCUCUCCUCUCAGCCUUGCUCUACUCUCUCUACGUCAUGCUGCUCAAGACUCGCAUCGGCUCUGAAGAUCGGAUCUCGAUGCCUCUCAUGUUCGGCAUGGUUGGAGCUAUCAACAUCCUCUGUCUCUGGCCUUUGCUUGCCAUUCUGCAUUACACUGGGAUCGAAUCUUUCUCUCUCCCACCAUCAGCGCAGAUUUGGGCAGGAAUGGUGGUGAAUAUGUGCAUCACUUUGGUUAGUGACUUUAUCUACCUCUUGGCUAUGCUGAAGAGUUCGCCUCUGAUUACUACACUGGGGUUGUCCUUGACGAUACCGCUAGCGGUUCUGAUUGAUGCCUUAAAGGCUAGUCACACGGGUGGCUUGGUUGCCGUCAUUGGCUCAACAGCUGUACUGAGCAGUUUCGGGUUUAUCGGAUGGGACGAUCAUAGGAGUUUUAACGAGGAAAAGCGUCAAGCUCGAGCUUUGGCGCAAGCAGAGCAAGCAGAGCAAGCAGAGCAAGCAGAGCAAGCAGAGCAAGCAGCAUCCGCUUCGAACACCACAGGGCGUGCCUCGUAUCGUGAUGAUAUGGACCAAGAGGAUGAGCAAGCAGCAGAGCCAGUAGCACGGUAUGGUUGUCGAGCGCCGCGAAACAGAGACUCGUUAGCUGUAACAAUACCCUCUAAUGCUUCAUUUACUUGUUCGUCAGCAUAG